CAAGUCGACAUCACCCAUCCUUUCACAUUUCAAACUGUCCGUUUUGACAUUUUUUAUCACAUCUUUAUUGGCCUUUUUCUUAACUAUAAUGUGUAAUUUUUGUGUAAGCCAUAUUUUCAAAUGCUUCGCUAUGGUUUAAUUUACAUUGCCACUUUUAUGUUUGUUUGUGGGGAAUAUAACGCAGUAAAAGACCAAGCGAUGCGGUCAUACGAUGAUAAAUUCUCAGCAGAAAUUUUUGACAAUAAGCAAGAACCUAGAGAAAACACUGAUCCCUCAAACCAAAAACGUCCAACUUGUGCACAAAAAAACAAAAACAUUGGGAACAAACUAGACAAUUUAGAUAUAGACGAAAAAGAAUUGGCGAAAAUCGGUAAACUGUUCAUGCACCAUUUGGCCAAAGAUGGGCGGAAAAGGGUUGAUACCAAUGAUGUACCGAUGGAAGAACCUGACGAAGAAGACCACGAGCAAUACGUCGAUCAAGAUUUUCUUGACGAAAUGCAAAAAAUUGAGAAUAUUACUAAUGAAGGCAACAAGCUUUACGACGAACUUGGAGGUCCACCAACAAUCAAAUAUGACCCAGAUCCUGACAAUUUGAAAAGUAUUUGCUGCACUGAAGACGAAUCACUUAUCGAUGAUUCAAACACAAAUCAUCACCAUUUAAAAAUGCAUUUUUACAAGUUUAGUCCCGAAAAAAUCGAUGAUAAGAGAGCGAUUAGUUUAUACCCCGACAGGAAUCACUUUUAUAAGAUACCCCAAAAAUUUGAUUACAUCGCUUUUCUAUCAAACGACGACAAAUUCAUGGAUGUUCCUGCGGUCAAAUUGAAUGUUUUUUCCGACGAUUUAAAACGGGGCAAGCGAACCGAAACUUUUGUUCCUUUUUUUACCACUCUGUACAAGAGAAGCGCCAAAAAUAAAUUAAAAUUCAGGCCCCUACGAAAACGCUUCACACACACUCCUGUUCUGUUUUUCAACACAAUUUCUGGUGCUAAAAGAUACAGACGCCUUGCUAAAACAACUUCAAAACCCGCGGUUUCGAAUGUUAUGAAAGACGCUGAUGCAUUGCUAAAUAAAGUAAACUUUUUUCUAAAGUUGGGAGACGAAGAAAACGAAAUACGUCAAAUUUCCGCUCAUGUUUUUCCGAAAAAACAGGUUAAAAAAGAAAUUAAAGAAAACAAGGGGUUUAAAGAAUGGUUCGAGGAUGAUUAUGAAGAGCCACGGACAAAGAAAGAGAGCCAAAAUCAGUUAGGAACGUCUUCACUUAAAGAAAAUUUCAAUUUACUUCUGGAUUUUGAUGGUGAACUAAAAACAACAGAAGCAACGACUAUGAGACAAUUUACCACAACGGCGUGCAAGAAAAAUGCAAUAGACAUGUCGCCCAUUGAAAUCGAAAAUAUGAUGAAGGACGUUGUUGCGAAAAUAGAUCUUCCUUCUUUGGCCAGAAAUGACUUUGCGAGUCGGGGAUAUCAAAACAAAUUGUUAAAUUCUGAAGAAUCAGGAUCGUCCAAAGAAGAUUUGGUAAAUGAUUUUAUUAAAGACGAUAAUUUUAAAAGCGAAAUAAAUCCAGAAAAUAAUAAUCUAGGCGAAACGAUAGUCGCAGAGCCACCCAUUUUCGGUAAUUCUUUACUGUAUGAUAACAACGAAAAUAAAAUUCAAAGUGACAUAGAAAAUACAACCGAUGCACAAACUACUGAAAAACCAGGAAAUUUAUCGUGUGCUUAUUUACUCGAUCUUUUUAAAAAUAUCGAAGCAUUGAAGAAAACAGAUCCAAAUUUGCAAAAAAUAUGUCCUAAAUUAAGUGAACUCUCACACAUGGGUGAAAAUUCAACAACCACAGAAGAAUGUCUGAACAAAACGUCGGUAGUAACGACUGAAACAACUGUAAAAAUGGAAGUAACAACACCAGAAACUACGCCAAUUUUGGUUUGUGUAACUACAGAAGAAGAAACUUCUUCGGUGUCGUCGUCUUUAACAACGCAAGAAAUUACUUCAUCGACUUCUUGUACUACAGAAUCAACAAUAGACACUUCUUCGGUUCCGUCGUCUUUAACAACGGAAGAAAUUACUUCACCUACUUCUUCUACUACAGAAUCAACAACAAUAGACACUUCUCCGGUUUCCUCAUCUUUAACAACGCAAGAAAUUACUUCAGCUACUUCUUGGACUACAGAAUCAGCAAUAAUAGACACUUCUUUGGCCUCGUUAAUUUCUACCACAGAAGAAAUUUCUUCUUCUUCAGAAUCUUCAUCUACAGAAUCAACGACGCAAGAAGAUGUUUCAGUUUCACUUACACCAUACAACAUGACGCAUGAAACUCCACCAAAAACUUCUCCAUUUCCGACCAAAAUUAAAGAGGCAACUUCAACGAUACUAGAACACAGUCAGUCCGUACCGCCCCAACAGAGCAACGAACUAUUAACGUCAUUUCGUUUCGCGAAUAAAAUAUCCCGUGACUUGGAAGGAGUAUCAAAAGAACAAUUUUCUUCAACCAUAAGCACACAAAAAACUACAGAAACUCCAUGUCUUCCAACAAAAAUUGAUGAGACAAUUACAUCGGAGGAAAAUACGUCUCUUCCAAUGGAGGAAAAUGAUCUUUCGGAAUCGUUUCAGCUGCUCAAUAAGACGUUUCUACAGUUAGAAUCAGCCUUUGAAAAUCUGACUUCUGGAAAUGCAAAUACAAGUGGUGUUCAAGGUGGUACUGCAAGAGAAGUACGCAGAACCACUACAGAGGUGGAAAAGACAUCAGCAAAUUACGAAGUUUCAGAAACUACCUCUGAAAUUGCAACUUUUUCUGCAGUUUCCGAGAUCAUAGUUCCAAUAAUAGAUGUAACAGAAACUUCAUCAACCUCUAGUACUCCUGCAGAAACUGUAGAAUUAACACUACAAACAUCAUCAUCUCCUGUAGUUGAAGUUAGUUCUACUACAGAAAAUACUUCUGAAGAAACGACAGUCCCUAUAGUUGCUUUGAUGUCUGAAAAGACCACAAAUUUUGCCUCUGAAAUUACACUCGAAACUAGUAGGGAAACUGAAAUGACGAGUUCCGUUAUUUCACCUUCAAAGUUAACCCCAAGUACGAGCAGUACCAAAGAAGCAUAUGCUGAAGAAAAUUUGGCGCAAUUUACAAAACCUAUUCCAGCUAGUGUUUUGAAAAUGGAGGGGGCUACAAACAGCACUUUUUCAUUGAUAGCAACACAAGAAACUAGUGCUAGUACGGAAACUGAAACAAUAAUAUUGACAACUGGUUCUAGUACAAAUUCACCUCCAGAAUUAGAAGAAACAAAUCCGCAAACAACUUCAUUCAACAUUGCAACAGAAAAACAAAUGCUUGCAUCAAAAGAAAGCCCAACUGUGAGCAGUACUAUCAAAGAAGAAUUUGCGCACUUUACAAAACCUGUUCCAACAAGUCUUUUGAAACAGGAGGGGGGUACAGUCACCACAUAUUCAUCGAUAGCAACGCCAGAAACUAGUGCUAGUACCGAAACUAAAACAAUAAUUAUGACAACUGGUUCUACUACUUAUUCACCUCCACAAUUAGAAGAAACAAGUCCGCAAACAACAUCAUUCAACAUUGCUACAGAAAACCAAAUGCCUGAAUCCAAAGAAAGCCCAACUGUGAGCAGUACUACCAAAGAAGAAUAUGCUGAAGAAAACUUUGUGCACUUUACAAAACCUGUUCCAGCAAGUGUUUUGAAUAUGGAGGGGGGUAUAGUCAGCACAUAUUCAUCGAUAGCAACACCAGAAACUAGUGCUAGUGCGGAAACUGAAACAAUAAUAGUGACAACUAGUUCUGCUACUUAUUCACCUCCAGAAAUAGAAGAAACAAGUCCGCAAACAACAUUAUUUAACAUUGCUACAGAAAUACAAAUGCCUGAAUCCGAGGAAAGCCCAACUGUGAGCAGUACUACCAAAGAAGAAUAUGCUGAAGAAAACUUUGUGCACUUCGCAAAACCUGUUCCAACAAGUGUUUUGAAAAUGGAAGAGAUUACAACCAACGAAUAUUUUUCAAUCGCAAAUGAAGUGCCUAUAAUUUCUGCUACUCCUAUAGAAGAUGUGAAAUUGACUUCAUUGGCAAAGAUACUUUUCCCUCCAUAUAUCCACAUCCCAACAUAUAAAACAGACGAGGUUGAAGACAAUGUCCCUAAAGAAAUAAAUCCUUUAGUAACUUUUUCAACUACUGAACUUCAAAACGGUCCAACAAUAUAUGCCCCGUAUGCUCAGAUUCCAACCUACAGAACAAAUCAAUUUCAAGAAGUAUCAUCACCACCUUUUCCUCCUCAGUUUACUCCUCUUCCUUCCACAUCAAAUUCGCUAACCACGUCGUCACAAAAUUUGGAAGAUGUGUCUAACGAAUAUGCCCACUAUCGAGACGAAGAACUUAGUGCUAUUUUGAAUUUACUAGGGCACGAUAGCAGUACCGUCUCCACGGACAAUGAUACUUGCGGAGGUAUGCUUGGAAAAAUCAAAAGGAAAGUUUUUAGUAAGUUGCAUACUGCUCAAAAAGACUUGAAACUAGUUUUAGCCGUAAAAAAUUUACUUCUUAAAUCGAAAAAUCGGCAAAAGGAGCAUGGAAUCAGAAGAAAAAAAGAUGUACAUCUCCAUAAUGGUUCUCGACCUAAAAACAAAAGAGCACAAGUCUCUAAUGAAAAAAGAAUGAAACAAGUCGAAAGGUUGGGAAAAAUGUUGCAAUGGAGGAACAUGGAAUUUAGGAAACAGAAGUCGGCGAAAAACCGGAAGAAGAGGAGGAAAUGAGCAUUAAAAUGAACAAUAGAUGUGGAUUCUAAACACAAAAGAGUUCAAAGGAAGACCAUACAACAAAGUGUCUAAUCACUUAAUUUUAAGUCAUAACAAAUGAAAAUAUGAUGAUAGGCGUGAAAAUGCUAUAUUAAAUACAGAUUUUAAUUGA